UGUGAGAUGUGUGGGAUCGUUGGGACCCGGGAUUCCUUCUUCUCUAAGACUAAGAGGUUCUGCAGUGUGUCCUGCUCCCGGAGCUACUCCUCCAACUCCAAGAAAGCCAGCAUCCUCGCCAGACUGCAGGGCAAGCCUCCCACGAAGAAAGCCAAGGUCCUGCACAAGGCAGCCUGGUCAACGAAGAUAGGAGCCUUCCUUCAUUCUCAAGGCAUUGGACAACUACUGGAUGGGACACGAACGGGACAGGACGCCUUUGUCAUGGGGUUUGACUGGGGCAGCUACCUGAGGGAGAGCAGCGACAAGGCAGCGCCAGUGAGCUGCUUCAAACACGUGCCCCUGUUUGAUCAGUGGGAUGAUGUCGUGCUUGGGAUGAAGGUGGAAGUUAUUAACAACGACGCUGUGCUGCCCAGCAAGGUCUACUGGAUCGCCUACAUCGUCAAACUGGCAG